AUGGGGUGGGACGCCGCAAAGGACGACCUGAUUUCGGGUUUUGAUACCAUGGCCGACAGCCGGCAAUCGUUUCGGGGUUUCAGGACGGUGCAGCUCGGAGUUGGUGUGGACGCCCUGUCGCAUGCCGUGGCUCUGCGUGCCCUGUUGACUCUGCCAACGUUGGAUGAUGCCGGGCGUUCGGAUUUAUUGCUCGAACGUUUCUUGAAGAGCUUACCGGGAGAUUUGUGCGAGACAGCAUGA